AUGACAUCAUUUGCACGGGGUAGAGUGGACGACUGGAAGAAGAGGUUGGUGGGGUUCGGGGCAGAUGGGGCUGCUGUUAACUUCGGGAAAGACAAUGGUGUCCAGGCCCUCCUCAAACGAGAUAUCGCAUAUCUCAUUGCCCUUCACUGUGUGGCCCACCGUGCUGAGAGGGGGCUCGUUGACAGCCUCAAGGAGCUUGACAAGCUCAAGGCACUUCAUCAGAACCUUAAGUGGCUUUACAAGCACUAUAAGUUCAGCCCAAAAGCCUUACAUGAGCUGCGUUUGGUAGCGGAGGCCUUGGAGGAGAAAGUGCUGAAGCCAACCAACCUUGCUGGGGCGAGAUUUCUCCCAUACAUACACAAAGCCAACAAGAUUGUGUGCGAAAGCUACGCGGUAUUCGUGACCUACUUCCAGGAUCUCAUAAGCACUGAGAGAAGACCGAAGCCAAGCCCAAAGGUGCGAGGAAGGGCGUACAGGAUCCUCACCUUCCUCAUGGACUAUGACAAUGUACUUUUCAGUUAUUUCAUGCGUGACACUUUUGAAGCCCUCUCUGAGUUGUCACUGAACUUCCAGAAGGACAGCCUGACUGUAUGUGAUGCUGUGGAAGCCCUGGAGACAUGCUCACUGAAGUUAGUGGACCUGCAGUUCCAACCAACUGAGGGGAUGCAGGAGGUCAUUGAUGCAGUCUCAAAAACCGGCCUCUUCCGAGGGACUAAACUCAAGUAUGUCAACGAAGGGCAGAUUCUCUUUCUCCGGAAGAAAGUCAUAGAUGUGCUCAUCAAGCACCUGGAGAAAAGAUUCCAAGAUCUCCAGAAAGGGAGUGUCCCUUCAAAAUUGUCCAUCUUCAACCCCAGUCAGUGGCCCUCUGACAGACAGGAGCUGGCUGAUAUCUGUGAGCAUUAUCAGCCCCUGAUGGACGAGCACAGUGUUACAACUAAAAUGCUGAAGUCUGAGUUCAUCCUCUACAAGAGUUAUGCAGCAGCCCGCACACUUCGAAUGCCACAGAUCUUCUCUGGCAUCCUGUGUGACACUGAGAGAUGCAAACAGUAUAAGGGGCUGUCAAUACUGUUUGAAAUAUACCUUGUUCUGGCAGUCAACACUACAGUGUGUGAGCGGGGGUUCAGCUGCAUGAAGAGGGUGAAGAACGACUGGCGUUCCUGUCUGGGUACUGAGCAGCUCAGCCGCCUGAUGUUUUCCUCCAUUGAGGGCCCCUCAAUGGACAACUUUGAUGCUGCCGGAGCCGUGGAGAAGUGGUGGACCUCAGGAAAUAGGGCUCGUCGCCCUGGCUUCAACCCGUGGCAGAAGGAGCAGGAGCAGGAGAUACGGGACGACCUCUAUGAAGACCUGGUUCUUAUGGAUCAGGAAGCCGAGCAGGAGGAGAAUGUGCGCCAGGAGGCCAUAUCUGACGAGCUCGGACUUGAGGCAGAGAAUGUGGCUGCUGGCGAGAAGCGCUUGGCUGAAGCUCUUGACGACUCAGAUGAGUCAGACAUAGACGAGUCAGACAUUGACACUUUCUUGAAAGACUAUUAG